CUGUUAAUUCAACUUAAGAAAGGUAUUCCACCAAAUGAACAAAUAUUAAUGGAUUUGGGGAAUCAAUUAAAAAAUGAACGUAAGCUCUUUGACUAUUGUAGUGAUGACAUUGGAUUUACAUUGUACUUGAGUCUUAAUUUACGUGAAGGAGGGCAUACUCCGAUAGGUUAUAUUAAUGAUAAUGAAUUGGACCCGCUAUAUAACUACAAUUUUACAAAUAUUAAUGAUUUAGGAAAGACAUUUAUGCAGGGCGGUAUACAUUAUAAGAAAUGCUACGCUUUAAAGGUUACUGGAAAGUAUGAUAAUGUAUCGUAUCAUGGCACUGCUGAAUGUAAUGCUAAAGAAGGUUAUGAUCUGAGCAAAGGAAAACAGUUUGUUUAUGAAAAAG